CCCGCGGGAGCGGGACGGGCUCGGCAUCCCGGCUGCCUUCCUGGGAACCGGCUCGGCAUCCCGCCUUCCUUCCUGGGGACCGGGACGGGCUCGGCAUCCCGGCUGCCUUCCUGGGAACGGGCUCGGCAUCCCGCCUUCCUUCCUGGGAACGGGCUCGGCAUCCCGCCUUCCUUCCUGGGAACGGGCUCGGCAUCCCGCCUUCCUUCCCGGGAACCGGGACGGGCUCGGCAUAUCCCGCCUUCCCCAGAACACGGACCCUCAGGGGAUCCCAGCCCUGCACCGCCUCUCUGGAACGCGGACCCUCAGGGGAUCCUGGCCCCACACCGCCUCUCCGGAACACGGAUGGAUCCUCGGGGAUUUCGGCCCUGCACCGCCCCUCUGGAACACGGACCCUCGAGGGAUCCCAGCCCUGCAUUGCCUCUCCCGGCCCCACAGACCCUCAGGGAUCCGGCUCCAUACUGCCUCUCUGGAACAGGGACCCUGAGGGGAUCCUGGCCCCACGGACCCUCAGGGGAUCCAGCUCCACACCGCCUCUCCAGAACAUGGACCCUCAGGGAUCCGGCCCUACACCGCCCCUCUGGCACACGGACCUUCGAGCGAUCCGACCCUGCACCGCCUCUCCGGAACAAGGACCUUGAGGGGAUCCUGGCCCCAUGGACCCUGAGGGAUCCGGCUCCAUACUGCCUCUCUGGAACACGGACCCUGAGGGGGAUCCUGGCCC